UGAAAACCUAAUGCAUGAUAUUGUGUUCUCCAAUGUUAGCACGUUCAGAGGUCAACUGGUAUAGUACGAGGCAGACCCACAUUUUCACUGCAUCACAGUGAAAGAAAUGGCUGAGAGAUUGUUGGAGAAAGCAGUGAGAAUGAGGUACCAGGAUGGAAAUGUGCUGUUUUCCGGUCUCUGGCAUCCUGAUAUGUUCACUGACAAACUAAGAAACCUAGAAAUCUACAAAGAUGAUGUCUACUUCACUGGGUACAUGCGAUCAGGCACCUACAUUGGUCUUGAAAUGGUACAGUUGGUGCUUAACAAUGCAGAUGUAGAGUACAUGUAUAGUACACCUAUACACGAACGGCAGAGCCAUCUUUUAUUAGGCAGGGAUGGUAAUAUUACCUUGGUUGACCAAUAGGAAGCCACCUAGAAUCUUCAAAACACACGGUCUCUAUGAAUAUGCCCCUUAUGGUAUAAGACAGGGAAAAUGUAAGAUUGUUGUACAGACAAGGAACCCCAAGUCAACAUACUUGAGCUGGUAUAAAGCAUUAAAGGAUAGCGCGUUUGUUUACUUCCCAGAUCUAACAUGGGAGGACUUCUUUGCUGCUGUCAUCUCAGGAGAAAGCAAACAUUUGGUUCUGAGCUCCUGGUUUGACUUCUAUCUAGCUUGGUGGAAACAUAGGGAUCAUCUCGAUGUUUACUUCCUCAACUAUGAGGCAAUGUUCAAGGAUGGUAGAAGAGUCGCGAAAGAGUUAGCAGAUUUCUUUGGAAGAACUUUAACUGAAGAACAAAUCGCAAAGAUAUUGAAAUAUAUAGAUUUUGAGGAAUGCAAAAAGAAUCCAGCAUUUUCAAAUGUGUUCAAAAGUAUGACAGCGAUAAAAUGCACACCAGGCCAUAUGCGUAAAGGCAAAAUAGAUGACUGGAAGAAUCACUUCACUGUGGCUGAAAGUGAACAAUUUGACAAACUUUAUGAAGAAAAAAUGGAAGGAUCAGGGUUUCCAGAACCUGUCUAUGAAUAGACAUGUCAUAAAUAAAGACAGAACUAUUUGAG